AUGCCUCUAAUAGUAAUUACUGGUCUACCAGCCAGUGGAAAAACUCAUGUGUCUAAUCAAAUUAAGAAAUAUUUUGAAGAAAAGAAAAAAGAAGUCAUGAUAAUUAGUGAAAAUGAUAUUCUUAAGGAGAAUAAUUUAAGUAGAAAUGAAUUGUAUGUAGACUCUAAAAAGGAAAAAGAAAUUAGAAGUAUUAUUAAAUCUAAUUUUUUAAGAGUCAUUAGCCCAGAUAAAUUAAUUAUAAUUGAUGCUCUGAACUAUAUAAAGGGCUAUCGAUAUGAAAUAUAUUGUGCUACAAAAAGUGCCAAAACUACUCAGUGUACUCUCUAUUGUCAAACAGGGUCAAACACUGCCUGGGAAUUCAACUUGAAAAAAAAUACUUGUGAUCAAUACAGUAAAGAAGUUUUUGAUGGCCUUGUUUUAAGGUUUGAAGAACCAGACAGUAGAAAUCGAUGGGAUUCACCUUUGCUUUACCUCAUGUCUGAUUCAUCUGUUCCUCUUCAGGAUUUAUAUGAUGCAUUAUAUUGUCGAAAACCACCACCUCCUAAUCAGUCGACUCAAUGCCCUCCAUUAUCAGACACUAAUUUUUUACACGAUUUAGAUAAUGCAAUUAAAACUGUGAUUGAAUGCAUUAUGACAAAUAAAAAAUUAAAUAUGGAAGGAGAAGUGAAAAUACCAGACUGUGAUGAGUGCUUCGUAAUAAGUUCUGAGAAAAAUAUUUCACUUCCAGAAUUAUUAAGGCUAAAAAGGCAGUUUUUAUCUUAUGUUAAACUACAGCCAACAUUAUACAACAAUAAAAAUUUAACCAAACUGUUUGUUCAAUAUUUAAAUAGCAAUCUUUAG